CUAACGCUGAUGCAACGCAGUGACAGAUCAGUCAGCCGGCUCCGCUCACACACGGCGCGCUGUUAGAGGACAGGUUUUCAGAGGGCUCUGCACCAUGGCAGAUCAGCUGAGUCCAGAUGAGAAGUUCCACCUCAUCACCAGGAACCUCCAGGAGGUCCUUGGAGAGGAGAAGCUGAAGCAAGUUCUUCAAGAGAGAGAGCUGAAGGUGUACUGGGGCACAGCGACCACCGGCAAACCACACGUAGCGUACUUUGUCCCCAUGUCCAAGAUAGCAGACUUCCUGAAGGCUGGAUGUGAGGUCACUAUUCUGUUUGCAGACUUGCAUGCCUACCUAGACAACAUGAAGGCUCCCUGGGAGCUGCUGGAGCUCAGGGUACAGUACUAUGAACAGGUCAUCAAGGCCAUGUUGGAGAGCAUUUGUGUGCCUUUGGAGAAACUCAAGUUUGUCAAAGGAACGGACUACCAGCUUAGUAGAGAGUACACUCUGGAUGUGUACCGUCUGUCCUCCAUGGUGACAGAGCAUGAUGCUAAGAAGGCCGGAGCUGAGGUGGUCAAACAAGUGGAGCAUCCCCUGCUGAGUGGUCUGCUCUACCCUGGACUGCAGGCUCUGGAUGAGGAGUACCUCAAGGUGGACGCUCAGUUUGGAGGAGUUGACCAGAGGAAGAUUUUCACUCUGGCUGAGAAGUACCUGCCUUCUCUCGGCUACGCCAAGCGUUCCCACCUGAUGAACCCGAUGGUACCUGGUCUUACUGGCGCCAAAAUGAGCUCCUCAGAAGAAGAGUCAAAGAUUGAUCUGCUUGACUCUGCUGGAGACGUGAAGAAGAAGCUGAAGAAGGCUUUCUGUGAGCCGGGCAACAUCCAGAACAACGGAGUCCUCUCCUUCGUCAAAUAUGUUGUCUUCCCUCUGCGCGGAGAGUUCUGCAUCAAAAGAGACCCAAAGUGGGGUGGAGACAAAGUCUACACUGUCUUUGAGGAGGUGGAGAAGGACUUUGCAGAGGAGCUCAUCCAUCCUGGAGACCUGAAGGCCUCUGUGGAAGUCGCACUCAACCAGCUGCUGGAGCCAAUCAGAAAGAAGUUUGAGUCUCCUGAGCUCCGCAAGCUUACCAACAACGCCUACCCCGACCCCUCAAAGACGAAAGGAGCAGGAAAAGGUGCUAAGGCAGGUGGAGGAGGAGGUGGUGGUGGUGGAGGAGGAGAAGAUGAUGAGCUGGCCCCCUCCAGAGUGGACAUCAGGGUGGGCAAGAUCAUAAGUGUUGAGAAGCAUCCCGAUGCCGACUCUCUGUACCUGGAGAAGAUUGACGUGGGAGAGCUGGAGCCGAGGACGGUGGUGAGCGGGCUGGUGGCUUACGUUUCUCAGGAGGACUUGCAGGACAGGAUGGUGUUGGUGCUGUGCAAUCUGAAACCCCAGAAGAUGCGAGGGAUUGAGUCUCAAGCCAUGCUGCUGUGUGCCUCCAUUGAAGGGGAGCCCAGGAGGGUGGAGCCUCUGGACCCUCCAGAGGGCUCGUCACCUGGUGAACGGGUCUUUGUUGAGGGUUAUGAGACAGGCAAACCAGACGAGAGACUCAACCCAAAGAAGAAGGUGUGGGAGAAAGUACAGGCUGACCUGAAGAUCUCAGAUGAGUGCGUAGCUCAGUGGAAAGACAAGCAGCUGAUGACUAAACUGGGACAGAUCACAUGUAAGACACUCAAAGGAGGCAACAUCAGUUAGAUCCACCUCCCACUGAAGCUGCUGCUGCCGGCCACAUUACAACCAGAAUACUCUCAUCAAAAAAAUCACUAUGACAACUACGGUCAAACUUCAUCUGAGGGUGUUCUUGGAGAAUGAUGGGACAUUGAUGCUAGAAGUCUCAGAUGGUUUGGACCGGUUGCAACAGAUUCUUUCACCUUUACUUUAUUAGGAAAGUAUGUUUAAUUCAAAACAAACUGUCACUAAUCAAUCUGUGAUUCAUUACUGGUUUUCUGUUUUCUGGUGUUGUAUGUUGUUUCUAACACACUUAAAUACAACAGACAUACUGCUGCUCAGAUAAUGACGGAUGACUUCAUUGAGUAUUGCAGUACUGCUUGCUUGUCCCUGGAGGUCUCUGAUAAGAAUGUAAGGUAUAAAAGGGUUAAAAGGGGACUCUAUGUUUCACUACUUGUCUGGGUUCGAAUUGCCUUCAUGUGAAAUGUCAGCGCAGUGGCUAAUCUGCCAAACUUUCUUAACAACAAAACAAUGUUUUAUGGGCUUUAGACACCACACAUACAUACAUACAUAUAUAUAAAUCAAGAUGUCUUGUGCUAUCAGACAGUUGCAUUGAAGGGUAGCGCACAGGGUAUAUGUGAACAUUGUCAUAUAAAGAAAUGAUGCAAAAUCUCCAAUAUGAAAUAAACUGAAAUCUCUGGUCUGCA